AGCAGAUCAUUUCCUGCCUAAUUGUUCCUCCUUCCCCCCUUCCGCCCUUGCCGCAUCUCCAAGGAACCGCUCUGAAAGCUUUAUUGUACUAUGGAAGGUUCCUUUUGCUGUCCAACUUGAUCGGUCGUUCGUCUAUGAGGUCCUUUGUCUUCUGAUCUCGUUCGAGGGGUGACGAGGGAGGUGAUGAUGGAAGGCGAUAGCUUCUCGGGGCUUGGCAAUGGAACCCAAGUGGACGGCAAAGUCCUCCAGACCUUCCAGAAGAGCUUUCUUCAGGUCCAGCGUAUCUUGGAUCAGAACAGGCUGUUGAUCAACGAGAUCAAUCAGAACCAUGAGUCGAAGAUCCCCGACAACCUCAGCCGCAACGUCGGCCUGAUCAGAGAGCUCAACAACAACAUCCGGCGCGUCGUCGACCUCUACGCUGACCUGUCACUCUCCUUCACCCGGUCCAUGGAAGCCUCGUCGGAGGGCGACUCCGAGGGGAAGCCCGGCAACAAGAGGAACCGGCCCGGCUAGGAAUGACAUAAGAUUUGCUUGCAUUGUUUUCAUCACUGUGUCACUCAUCUCCUCCCUCAUUUAUGUGAUGCAAAGCUGUUUGUCUGUGCUCCGGAAUAGUCAGUCUAAUCUUCUCUAAUUGCUGUG